CCAAUCUUUCCUCUUCCCUCCCUGACUCACAAAUCACAAUCACAAAUCAUCUUUAUUUUCUUCUGCAAAUUGACUCCUACUCAAAUGGACUUCUAUUUUUUUAACCCCACAUAAUUCUUGAAUAUUCUUUCUAGAUCACUCUUUCUCAAUCUUAGUUGAUCAAUUUAUUCUUUCUUUCUUUUUGAGCCAACUUUUUUUGUAUCAUUCAUUUAUACCCACAAAAUAUUUUGGUCAUCUUUCUUUCAUGAGUCCUUUUUGAAGAGCAUACAGGGAAAAGAUAUAAAAUCCUAUUUGUAAAAUAUGUCACAAGAAAAUUCUUCGGUUGUUGAAUCGCCUAGACGUCGUUCUGGUCUACUAAGAGAUCAAGUUCAGUUGGUGAAAAAGAAAGAUUCAUCCCGUUAUGAGAUUGCCCCUAUUCAAGAUACUUUGUCAUUUGAAAAGGGUUUCUUUGUAGUGAUCCGUGCAUGCCAGUUAUUGGUUCAAAAGAAUGAGGGCAUUCUGUUAGUUGGUGUAGCCGGUCCAUCUGGGGCUGGGAAGACUGUAUUUACUGAUAAAGUCCUCAACUUUAUGCCCAGUAUUGCUGUCAUAACAAUGGAUAACUACAAUGAUGCAACUCGUAUUGUUGAUGGCAACUUUGACGAUCCUAGGCUGACAGAUUACGACACAUUGCUUGAGAACAUCCAUGGCCUGAAGGAAGGGAGGUCCGUGGAAGUUCCCAUAUAUGAUUUUAAGUCAAGUUCACGAAUUGGUUACAGAACAGUCGAAGUUCCCUCCUCUCGUAUAGUCAUUAUUGAAGGGAUUUAUGCACUUAGUGAAAAACUAAGACCAUUAUUAGAUCUCCGUGUCUCUGUCACUGGUGGAGUACACUUUGACCUUGUCAAGCGUGUUUUAAGAGACAUUCAACGUGUUGGGCAAGAACCAGAAGAAAUAAUUCACCAAAUUUCUGAGACGGUAUAUCCCAUGUACAAAGCUUUCAUCGAGCCUGAUCUACAGACUGCACAUAUAAAAAUCAUCAACAAGUUUAAUCCCUUUUCUGGAUUCCAGAAUCCCAGUUAUAUUUUAAAGUCUAAGAAGACAGUGACCCCUGAGCAAAUGAAAGCAGUUCUUUCUCAAGAACAUGAAGAAAUAAAAGAAGAAACUUAUGAUAUAUAUCUUCUUCCACCCGGUGAAGAUCCCGAAGCUUGUCAAUCGUAUCUGAGGAUGAGGAACAGGGAUGGAAAGUACAGCCUGAUGUUUGAGGAGUGGGUGACUGAUAGUCCAUUCAUCAUAUCACCUAGAAUCACCUUUGAAGUGAGCGUUCGUCUUCUUGGUGGACUAAUGGCAUUAGGAUACACAAUUGCUGCCAUACUCAAAAGAAGCAGCCAUGUAUUUUUUGAUGAGAAGGUCUGUGUGAAAAGUGAUUGGUUAGAGCAACUCAAUCGCACCUACGUUCAGGUGCAAGGAAGAGACCGUUUGUAUGUGAAAUAUAUUGGAGAGCAGCUUGGAUUAGAUGGAACAUAUGUUCCUCGAACUUACAUUGAACAAAUACAGCUAGAAAAAGCCGUAAAUGAUGUGAUGACAUUGCCAGAUGAUCUGAAAACAAAGCUUAGCAUAGAUGAUGAUUUGGUUUCAAGCCCUAAAGAAGCUUUAUCUCGUGCAUCUGCUGAUAGGAGAUCCAAAUACCUUAACAGGGGUGGUGGACACUCAUUUUCUAACCGUGAAAGGAAUUUAUCAAAGCUGACAAAACUUUCCAUUAAUAGUAGGCGAUUUGAUGGGAGGACACCUGAUUCACCAGCAACAGUGGCAAAUCAAGGAGUCAUCACUAACCUAUCAGAACAAAUUUCCACUCUUAACGAAAGGAUGGAUGACUUUACAUCUCGUAUUGAAGAACUAACUUCAAAGUUCUCUCAAAGAAGAGUGCCGAGCCAUCAAAAUAUUGCUAACCAGGCUGAAUCGUGCAAUGGCUCUGCAACUUCACUGUUCAUGGCUGGCCUAGGAAAUGGUUCAUUGACCGGUCAACUGCUACCUAAUUCUGCAUCUUCUAACCAGUUGGCACGAGAGACCCCCCUCAUGGAAGAGGUGCUACUCAUAGCAAGAGGUCAACGUCAAGUGAUGCAUCAGUUAGACAACUUAAGUAGCCUGUUACGUGAUUAUGUGUCAGAAAAGGGUCAGCAAGGAGGAUUACAGCCGGUCGAUAAGAGCAACAGAUUGACAGCAGCAAUCGAUUCCUAUGGAGGACCCUUAAUUGCAACAUUGGCAAUUGGUGGGCUGGGUUUCUUAUUUUGCAGGGCCUUGUAUUCUCAAAAGUAACCCCUCUUUGAUAUUUCUUUCUAAAAACAACCAAAUAAGCAUGCAACUGGUUGGGACCAAAAUCUCAUGUACCAUAGAACGUGUAGAGGAUCAGGUGGAUCUUGUCCCUAAAAGUGCAUAAGAACAAUAUUGUAUAGUAACAAAGAAAGGUUAAUCUUACAAACGGUGGCUCUUUUUAUCUCA